AAUUUUUUCAUGUUAAGUAAUUGUAACUAUUUCAUUUUAUUUUCAGGGUGGAUUAAAAAUACUCAACCAUUAUCUUGGGAAGAAAGUCCAAAUCAUAUAUUAUCAGUUGUAGCUUAUGAUUGUGGUAUGAAGAUAUCUAAACCAGUUACUGUGAAUGUUAAAGUAAAUCGCAUUUGUCGAAUUGGUUGGAAAGGUAUUCAUGAAAGAAUUGAAUACACACCAGGUUCUGGACGACGAGCAUUAUUUUCUGAAGCAGAAUUGGAACUUUGUGAUGUUCCUUGCAAACCAGAAAAAUUAUCCACUAAAGUCUCUUUAAUCACUCAUCAUAUAGGAAAAGGUUGUGAUCGUGACACCUAUUCAGUAGAUUCACAAAGAAAAUUGUGUGGUGCAAGUUCAGAUAGUGUUGAUUUGCUUCCAAGUCCUGGAAUUGGAGCAGAAUGGACAAGAACUUUACCCAUGGAUGAUGGACAUGAUAGUGAUCAAAUUUACGAAUUUGAUGGCGCUACCAAUGCUGUUGUGGUUCCAGAAGUGACAUUGAAUCAUAAUUUAACAGAUAAUUUUACUGUUGCAUUUUGGAUGAAACAUGAACCACCACAGGAUCAAAAUAAUACUCAUAUUAAAGAGCAUAUCAUUUGUAAUGCUGAUGAUCACAAGAUGAAUAGGCAUCAUUAUGCAAUAUUUAUUCGAAAUUGUCGGCUAAUUUUAUUGUUAAGAAGAGAAUUUUAUCAGGAAAGACCAAGUGUUUUUAGACCUGCUGAAUGGCGUUGGAAACUAGCAGAAGUUUGUGAUAACCAAUGGCAUCAUUAUGCUGUUAGUGUAAAUUUCCCAUCGGCUGUUUUGUAUAUAGAUGGACAAAAAUUCAAGGGAAAUACUAAAAAUCCAGAUAUAGUUGAUGAUUGGCCUCUGCAUCCUGCAAAGGGUAUUAACACUACACUAGUAGUAGGAGCUUGCUGGCAAGGUAAAGAAAAUAAGAUGCUGUUUCAUUUUCGUGGAUAUCUUGCUGGAUUAUCAGUGUUGCGUGGUCACACGGAAAGUCCAGAAGUAUUAUCAUGCUUACAUAGAUGUAAAGAAGGUUUAGAAGUUCCUCCUUCAAAUAUGUUAGAACCAGGAAUGGAGUUGUUGAGCAAUUCAGAACUUACAGAAGUUAUUAUUGAAGGAAAUAAAAAAUCAAAUUUAGAAGACUUGAUGGCCCAAAUUGGUUAUGUCAAUUCUCGAGAAUUUCCUACUCCUGGUAGACGUAGUCUUCACGUCUCAACUUCUAUAUCCUGUAAAAAUGGUAAAUCUCUAAAAAUACCACAGUCUGAAUCAUACAUAAUGGUAUUACAACCUGAACUUCCCAGUAUUACUAUAAAUGGAACACCAAAUCUUGCACGUGAAUAUGAAGCUUUUAAACAAGGAAUAGAAUUAUUUGCUUCAGUAUCUAUUUUAAUUAGCCAAGAUCAUGAAGAUGAAAUAUUUCAUCAUAGUUCUGAACAAGCCAUGUCAGCUGAUCAUAAAUUAGAUUCUUGCAGUGUUCAAAUUUAUCCACCACUGAAUCCUGAUCAUGAAUAUUUUAAGCUACCAGAACAUUUGAUGAAUCAUUUAAGGAUACAUCAUAAGGAGAGUAAAGAUGGCCUUGUGAUAUAUGGUAUAUUGAUUAGUUUCUUUUUCUACUAUACAAAUUUUAAUAAUUGUUUAUUGUAAUAUGAUUUUGCUAUU